AUGAGAAAGUCCAAACCCGAUGUACUGGUUCACGUUAUGGAGAGGCUUGUUGGUGAGAAACGUGGACGCAUACCACGUAAACCCGAUUGUGCAGUGUCCCCAGUCAUCACCAAUUUCGAAAAAUGGGCUGGAAAGCCUCGUAAACUGUAUUUCCGCGAUGCAAGCAAAGUACCACGCAUUGGCGAAUGCUUGCAGAAUAAUAUGUAUGCAGCAAUAUUGGCCUCGCCAAUGCGACUAGAUAGAGUCACACGAUUGCAUUGCCCGAAAGAGCUACUCACACAAGUCAAACUAGUGCAGGAAACGGACUCUGACGUGGAAAAACCAUUCAGACUAGAUAUAGCUGCAUCAGCAAGAAGAAUCGGACCAGCAUCGUAUAUCAGCAACAGGAACGCCUUGCUAGUGAAAAAUCAGGCCAGUCCGUUGAAAUGGGUUCCCACGUCGUCUUUAAACAAAACAAUACGGCAUAUAGACUUUAGAGACAUUGGUCAGCCCAAAGCUGCCCCCAUAGCGCAAAUAGUAAGGUUCGAAUUACUCAAACAGGUUUAUGAAGGCUUGUCACAGCAGUUGCAGCAUGAUGCAAACUGCGGUGGAAACGGCGGUAACAACAGCCCUACAUCUUGCGAUAUUAGGAUCAUAAGCGAUCCAUUGAUUCCUGCUAAAUUACAAAUUCAAGCAGACCAGUCCACUGUCAUGAACCUGGCUGGAAUCGACGACAAAACCCUGCAAGAUAUGUUUCUGGAAAGACCAGAGGGAUUCAUAGUCAAUUACGCCUCAAAUAAAAAUCUCUGCAAUGCCUUAUAUAACCUGUUAAUUCAUACCGACUAA